CUCAGCAUCCUGAACAACAUGAAGGUAAUCAUCUUUGCUCUUGCCGCCGUUUUGGCUCUGGUCGUUGCAGAAGAUUGCCCUUGCACCUAUGAGUAUAAUCCAGUGUGCGGAAGCAACGGACUGACGUACUCCAACCCGUGCCAGCUGAGAUGCGCCCAGCAGACCUACGCCGACCUCAGAUUCUUCUACCCUGGUAACUGUGGAACACCCAACUUCGAUUGCCCAUGCACAAGAGAAUUCAGACCGGUGUGCGGCACCAACGGUUUCACCUACAACAACCCGUGCCUCUUCAGAUGCGCCAAGGAAACCUUCGAUUCCAUCGAAAUCGCAUACGAAGGAUUUUGCGGAAACCCAGUGGAAACCAGGAUCUUGGACUGUCCUUGCACCAGGGAAUACCGUCCGGUUUGCGCUACAAACGGAGUCACCUACGCCAACCCUUGCCUCUUCAGAUGCGCCAAGAAGACCUUCGAGUCAUCGAGAUCGCUUACAGCGGAGAGUGUGGAAACCCGAGGGAAACCAGGAACUUGGACUGUCCUUGCACCAAGGAAUUCGAUCCGGUUUGCGCUACGAACGGAGUCACCUACGCCAACCCUUGCCUCUUCAGAUGCGCCAAGAAAACCUUCCAGUCCAUCGAGAUCGCUUACAGCGGAGAGUGUGGAAACCCGAGGGAAACCAGGAAUCUUGGACUGUCCUUGCACCAAGGGAAUACGAUCCGGUUUGCGCUAACGAACGGAGUCACCUAUGCCAACCCUUGCCUCUUCAGAUGCGCCAAGAAAACCUUCGAGUUCAUCGAGAUCGCUUACAGCGGAGAGUGUGGAAA